AUGCCGUGGUAUUUAUUUUACUUUUUUUACAUCUUCUUCCUAAAUUUAGCCUUAGGAAUUCGAAGACGAAAAAAUAGGUUAAAAAAUGAAUAUUAUAUAAAAAUAAAUUAUAAAUUAUUAAAAAAAAAAAAAAAUGAUUUAAAAAAAAAAUUUGGAAUAAUAAAUGGAUUUGUCUCGAAACCAAAUGAGAAAUUGUUGAAAAAGCAAUUUAGGGCAUAUUAUAAAAGGAAUAAUGAUAUAGAAUGGGGUAGUAAUGAAAAAAAUUGUUACAAUAAUUUGAAUAAAAUUAAAAAUAAACUAAAUGCCAUGAGCACAUUUGUAUCAAAAUAUUAUAAAAUAAAUAUAAACGAUGUGUAUAAUUAUUUAAAUAGGAAAAAAUAUGAAUAUAUAGAAACUGAUGUAAAAAUAACGCUGAAAUAUUGCCCAUUUUGCCCUCCUCAUAAAUAUAAAUAUGAUAACAUGUAUAAGCAUGAAAUUUUUAAAAAUACAGGGAAUAGUUACUGUCAUAGAUGUGGGUACAAAGGGAGCUUUUAUGAUUUUAAAUUAAAAAUGGGGGAUUUGGUUACUAGUAAUUUUGAAAGUCCAAUUGUAAAUGAUACAUAUGAAGAAGAAAAAAUCACAUUUAAUGAUGUGAAAGUGUAUAAUAUGAAUUUAUUAUAUUCUAAAGAGGCUGAAAAUGCUAGAAAUUAUUUAAUUAAUGAAAGGAAAAUAAACUUCGAAACAUUAAAAAAAUAUUAUAUCGGUUUUUCUGUGAUGGAAUUUCAAUCUUUAGAAAAUUCUGGAAAAUUUGAAAAGCACGAAUGUUUAGUGUUUCCAUUCAUAAGAAAAAUAAGCAAUACGAAUGAGAAUGAAAAUAACUGUAAGAGCAUUUACAAAGGUAUAGGAAAGACGGAAGAUGAAGGAGACAUAUAUGAAGUUGUUCGAAUAAAAGUGAGAAGCUUAAAAGAUAAAGGAUAUAUGCGAUUAUAUCCUAAAAAUGUAAGAAGUGAUAUGAAGUUAUUUUUUUUUGGUGAUCAUUUAAUUACUAAUUCUGAUGAAGUUGUUUUAACUGAAGGGGAAAUUGAUGCUAUGACAAUUUUCCAAGAGACAAAUUAUCCUGCUAUUUCAUUACCUAAUGGUUCUAAAUCUUUACCUAUAUAUUUAUUACCUCAUUUAGAAAAAUUUAAAAAAAUUCAUUUGUGGCUAGAUUUUGAUAAAGCUGGCAAAUCUAGUGUUUUUAAUUUUGUUAAUAAAAUAGGGUUAGGGCGCACUAAUGUUAUUACAGAUGCAAAUGUUCAUUAUUUGAAUGAGAAUGCGUUUAAAAUAAAAAGAGAAAGAAAGAAAAAAAACAAAAUAAUAAAUCUGCUAAAUCCAAAUAGUGCAUCUUUGCUACCCAAUGAAGAUAGUAAUGUUGAUGUUUCAACAGAUUCUAAUUGCAAAUCUGACUAUCAGGAAGAAUUAGGUCAAUCAAACAGCGAAAAAGAGAAAGAAAAAAAUUCAGAAAACGAUGUAUAUUUUAUAGAUAAUGGUAUAAUGUAUAUUUGGAAUAAAAUAUCUAUAAAAGAUGCAAAUGACUGUUUAAAAAAUGAUAUUGAUAUCCAAUUUUUUAUAAAAAAUAGUGAAAAAGUGAAACAUAGUCAAAUACUAAAUUUUAAUGAUUUGAGACAACAUAUAUUAGAAGAAUUAAAAUAUCCUGAUAGAAUAAAUGGAGUAAAAAGUAAAACAAUUCCAUCAUUAAAUAAAUUUUUAUAUGGAUUAAGAAUGGGGGAAUUAUCGAUAUGGACAGGUUCAACAGGAGUAGGUAAAACUACUCUUCUAUCUCAAUUGUCAUUAGAUUAUUGUAUUCAAGGAGUAUCAACAUUAUGGGGAUCAUUUGAAAUAAAUAAUAUAAAAUUGGGUAAAGUAAUGUUAAAUCAAUUUUGUGGAAAAAAUUUAGAAAAAAAUAUCGAUUUAUUUGAUCUGUAUGCAGAUAAAUUUGAGCUAUUACCAUUAAAAUUUUUAAAAUUUCAUGGAAGUACAAAUAUCGAUCAAGUUUUAGAUGCUAUGGAUUAUGCUGUAUAUGCAUAUGAUGUUAAACACAUUAUUAUAGAUAAUUUGCAAUUUAUGUUAAAUAUUAAUAAGUUUUCUGAUAUUUAUGAACUUCAAAAUAUAGCUAUUGAUAAAUUCCGAUCAUUUAGUACUAAUAAAAAUGUUCAUAUAACUUUAGUAGUGCAUCCAAGAAAAGAAGAUAAUAAUUUACUUUCUAUUUCAUCAGUUUUUGGUAGUGUAAAAUCAACACAAGAAGCAGACAAUGUUUUUAUUAUACAAAGGCAAAUAUCAAAAAAUAACGAAGCAGUUUUUUUUAUAGAUAUUAAAAAAAAUCGAUUCAAAGGAAGUUUGGGAAGAAUUCCUUACUUAUAUAAUAAAGAAAAUAUGACAAUAAAAGAAAUGCCAAUUAAUUAUUUAAAUGAUUUUCUAUCAAAUAAUAGUUCUAUUGGAAGUAACAACAGUAAUAAUUAUUUGAAUAAAAAUGGAUCCUAUUCUAAUGUUUUGCAAAAUGUUUCCUCCGUUUCUAAUAAUAAUAUGGAUUUUACACUUUGUGAUGAAUAUGAUUAUAUGAAACAGCUAUCUGAUGAAUACGAAUCAAAACAUGCUGUUAGAAAAUACAAUAAUAAAAUAGGAAAAUGUGUUGCAGAUUCAGGGGGAUUAUCUCUUCUAAAGAGUUCAACAUUGAGAAGUGAAACUAGAAGGGGAGAUAUAUUUAGUGAAAUCAAGGAAUAUGAAAAAAAUACUGAAAAUGAGGAUAUAGAGAAAGAGAAGGAAAAAUACAAUUCUAAGAUCAGUGAAUUACUCAAAAAAAGUGACGAAAAACUGACCAAUACUAAAACAACAAAUGAUAAUACAACUGCUCAAAGUUUGAGUUCAAAUGAAAUACGAUCUAAAGAAAAAAAUACUAAAAAAAAAAGCGUCACGGAAAAUGUUGGAUUCCAGAAUAAUGACAGUAUAAAUUUAAAAUCAGGAAAUAAAAAUAGUGAUAUUGAUGCUGAUAAGAUGGAUGACAAAAAUUUGAUCACAAGGAAAUUUUCCUCUUAUCUUUUAUCUAAUGAAGGAUUAGAGAAAUUAUGUAAAGAAUUAAAAGAUGAUGAAAAAGGAAAAUUUCAAAAUGUAGUUAUAUCAAUAUCAAUGAGAAAAUGUGUGAUAAACAAUAAUUCUCCAAUUAAAGAUAUUCGGAAUUUUAUUAAAGUUAAUAAAUUAAAUAUAAAAACAUCAGGGAAUAAUUUAAAAAAGAAGGAUGUAUUCAUAAAUGUUUUACAAAGUAUUCCAAAGGAAUAUAUUUCAAUAAUAACGGAAGGCGACAGAGAAAAAUAUGAAAAUAAAAAUGGAGGAGAUACAAGCGGUAACAAUGACAUUAUAAAAUCUACGCAAAAGGAAACAUUUAUUGAAUCACAAAGACAAGGAAAUAUAAAUACCAAUAAUAAUAAAGGAGAUGAAUAUAACAAUGUGAGAAAUAUGGAUGAAGAAGGAGAUAAUAAUGUAAUUAAGAAUAAUAUGAACAACGAAAUGUAUAACAAUCAAGUGGACCCAAGACUCGACGAUAAAAUAAUAAAGAAAUAUAUGGACGAUAACAUAAUAAAUGUCGAUGGAAAUAUAGUGAAAAAGUGUGGUCGUUUUAAAUUAAUAAAUGAUAAAGAUAAGGUAAAAAUUGAAGAAAAUUUAUAUUAUUAUGAGCCGGAAAAAAACUUUAAUGAUAAUAUUGAGACACGAUUUUUUAUAAUUAAUGAUAAAAAUUAUAAUGAAAAAAUAAACUAUAUAUAUAAUGGUAUAAAAUAUUGUGGAUUAGAUAUGGAAACAACAGGGCUUGAAGUUUUUGGAGAAAAAAUAAGAUUAAUACAAAUUGCCGUUGAAAAUUAUCCAGUUAUAAUAUACGACAUGUUUAAUAUAACAAAUAAUAAUAUAUUAGAUGGAUUAAGAAAAAUUUUAAAUGAUGAAAAUAUAGUAAAAAUAAUUCAGAAUGGUAAAUUUGAUACAAAAUUUUUAUUAUACAAUAAUUUUAAUAUAACAAAUAUUUUUGACACAUAUAUAGCUAGCAAAUUAUUAGAUAAAAAUAAAAAUAUGUAUGGUUUUAAAUUAAAUAAUAUAGUCGAAAAAUAUUUAUCUGUGUAUUUAGAUAAACAACAACAGAAUAGUGUAUGGAAUAAUUCCCUUUUAAACAAUAAUCAAUUAUUUUAUGCCGCUCGUGAUUCUAGUUGUCUAUUAAAAUUAUAUAAAAAAUUAAGUGAACAAAUAACAGCAGAAAAUAUGCAAAUUGUUAAUGACAUCGAAAAUAAAUGUAUUUUACCUAUCUGUGAUAUGGAAUUGAAUGGAAUAAAAGUUGAUUUAGAGAGCUUAAAUAAAAGUACUGAUCAAAUAUUAAAUGAAUUAAAUGUCGAAAGAGAUAAGUUGAAAAAGGAAUUAAAAAAUGAUGAUAUAAAUGUUAAUUCACAACAACAAAUAUUAAAAGCUUUACAAGAUAAUAAUGUAAGGGAUUUAUCAAAUAAAUUAAUUGACAAUACAUCUGAUGCUAAUUUAAAAAAUUUUAUAAAUCAUAAUGCAGUUAUACUACUACGAAAUUACAGGAAGCUGUAUAAAUUAUAUUCUGCAUUUUAUCUAAAAUUACCAUUACACAUUAAUAAAAAAACAAAUAAAAUUCACACAACAUUUAAUCAAUUAAAAACAUUUUCUGGAAGAUUUAGUAGUGAGAAACCGAAUUUACAACAGAUACCACGACAAAAAAAUAUCAGAGAAAUUUUUAUUCCUACUGAAAAUAAUAUAUUUAUUAUAGCAGAUUUUAAACAGAUAGAGUUAAAAAUUGCUGCAGAAAUUACUAAUGAUGAAAUUAUGCUUAAAGCAUAUAAUAAUAAUAUAGAUUUACAUACAUUAACAGCUAGCAUUAUAACAAAAAAAGGAAUCAAUGAAAUUAAUAAAGAAGAUAGACAUGUAGCUAAAGCUAUUAAUUUUGGGUUAUUAUAUGGUAUGAACUAUGUUAAUCUAAGAACUUAUGCUAAUACAUAUUAUAAUGUAAAAAUGAACUUAGAUCAAUGUUUAUAUUUUUAUAAUUCGUUUUUUGAGCAUUAUAAAGGAUUAUCUAGAUGGCAUAAUAGUGUCAAACAAACUAAAGCAUUAGAAUAUUCUACUUUGUCAAAUAGAAAAGUUGUAUUUCCUUAUUUCUCAUUUACAAAAGCUUUAAAUUAUCCUGUACAAGGGACAUGUGCAGAUAUACUUAAAUUGGCCUUAGUAGAAUUAUAUAAAAAUCUGAGGCAUAUCAAUGGAAAAAUUAUUUUAUGUGUUCACGAUGAAAUUAUUAUUGAAGUAGACAAAAAACAUCAAGAAGAAGCUUUGAAAAUUUUAGUAGAAUCUAUGGAAAAUUCAGCAUCUUUCUUUUUGAAGAAAGUAAAAUGUGAGGUUUCCGUUAAAAUAGCGGAAAAUUGGGGUAGAAAAGAUUAA